AUGUCUGCUAUAAGUCUAUUAAAUCCGAAAGCGGAAUUUGCACGUGCUGCCCAAGCGUUGGCUGUAAACAUUUCAGCUGCAAGAGGUAUACAAGAUGUGAUGAAAACCAACUUGGGACCAAAAGGAACUAUGAAAAUGUUAGUUGAUCAAAGUAUCAUUCAUACUCAAGUAUAUUAAAUCUUCUUCUUCUCUUAACUUGUCAGUCCCUGUAAAACCAAAGCUGCUACAAAUAAUUCUCUCUAUCUUUCCCUAUUAAAUGCCAGCUGACAUUUCUAACUAACAUUUGAAUAUCUUUGUCUACCACAUCUUUCCAUCUUGUACGUGAUCUACUUAUUGGUCUUUUCUUAUGUAUGGUUUCCGUUAGUAUUUUUCUUAUUAUAUCAUUUUCAGAUCUCCAUACAUUACCAAACCAUUUCAUUCUCUUAAUUUUUAGGUAUAAAAUAUCAAGUUUGUCAUAAAGUCUGUAGGUAUAUGUCAAUAUCGAAAUUCUAACUGUUAAGCGUUUUCUUUAGACAGUAUACUAAUGGAAAACUCCUAUAACAUUUUCUAAUAUGUAUAGAUUUGUUUUAACCCCAAGUGCUGAACAGCAUCCAUAAAUAAAAUAAUUUUAACAAGUCCUCGAACGCACAUCUUUAUAUCCAUCAUAUCUCAACAGGACAUUAGAAAAUCAAAAAUUCAAUCACGGGUUAUUGGUUAGAAGGGGCUCAUGGAAAAUAUAUACAUUUGGCGAUAUUUUGACUUUUUUUUCUACCCCAAAAGCCAGACUUCAAUUGAUAAAAGUUGAGAGGAAGUGGGAGUGAGGAUAUCCUAAUAUGGGAAAAGUUGCUUUAGAAGAAUACCAUUAAGUGGUUUUUGAAAUGUUGACAUUUUUCUCCAAUUUCCAAAGCUAGAGAUCAACCAAUUUAUUUGAAUUGGCAAGUAUUUACUAUUAGAAUAAAAUCUCAGUAUAUUUGUAUGAAAUCAUAUAAAAAUUAGAUUAGGUAUUUAGGGUUUAAAAGCUCAGCCUACCAAAAGUGAUGCCAGUUAAAAUUCAAGUAAAAAGACUACUUAAUAGUCAUUUGAAUAUUUACUAUUAAUUACCUAACUAUUGUACCUACUUUAGUCUAGCCAAUUUUGAGUAAGUUUUUUGUUUUCGGGGAACAAACAAUUUUGCUGUAGAUCAAUAUAUACACAGAUAUAUAUCUUCAACUAAUGUUUUCGUAAAAAGGAUUGAAUUAUAUUUAAAUAUUCAACUUAAAAAUUUUGUUUUAUGUGAUUUGUGAAGGUUGUGUAAAAUAGUCCAAAGUUAUUCAUUAAUGAUUGAUCAUUCUAGUGAAUGGUAAAAUUAAAUGAUCAAAAUGAAAAUUCAAAAACCUUGUGGCAAUAAGUUAAUGAGAGUGUAAAAAAAUAAUGUAUAUACUGUUGUUAUUGACAAAUAAAGAUUAUUAUUAUGAAUAAUGUCUUGUACAAUGUACACAUGUAUUCAUAUACUUGAGUGUGAAAAUGUACAUUUUUCUGAAGGAAGAUAUCUCAGAUACACCAUGCUUGUUCAACAUUUUCUUAAUAACUCAAAUUUAUUUUGUUAAAUGUUAAUAUGAUAUUAUUUGUUUCUAGGUUAGUCUCUGGAGCUGGAGAAAUUAAGAUCACAAAAGACGGCAAUGUACUCUUACAUGAAAUGGUAACAAAAACAUUAUAUUGUAAACCCAUUAAAUACUAUUCUGUAAUUAAGUAUUGGUUGUAAUUUAUAACUAUUCGGUACUUGAUUAAACAGAGGAGUAAACCACUAUCUAAUUUUUUGUAUACCAGACUUCCAACUAUGUAUAAUUCCACAUACUUCUAAAGUAUUUUCAAAUAUUUAUACACCUACUUCCAUUAGUGGUUUACUCCCCUGAUUAAACUAUUUAUGACAUUUAUUGAUUAAUAGUGAGUUGAUUUGAUAUUUACAUUUAAACAUAUAAUGUCGUAAAGACCAAAGGUGGGGGAAGUAAAGGUUUCACCACCAAACAUAAUGGUGGUAGCAAAAAUUAAUGUUAAUGUAAGAUUUUAGAGUUAAAAACUUUACAAAUUCUAAUACUUUAUUUUGAUUACUCUGUAUAUAACUUAUUUGUACCUUUACAGCAAAUACAACAUCCUACAGCCAGUCUUAUUGCUAGGGCGUCUACUGCCAUGGAUGAUGCUACUGGUGAUGGUACUACAUCUACAGUUCUAAUUAUCGGAGAACUUCUUAAACAAGCUGAAAACCUUAUUUCAGAAGUAUACAUUAAAUUUGAAUUCCAAUUAUUUUUUUAACAAACAAUAUUAAAACUAAAUAAUAUAAAACUAUAUUUAUUUUAGGGUGUACAUCCUAGAGUAUUGACAGAAGGCAUGAUUAAAGCCAGAGAUAAGGCUUUGGAACUUUUGGAAAAAAUAAAAGUUGUAGGCAAACCAGAUCGUCAACGACUUUACGAUGUAGCUACCACUUCUCUUCGUACGAAAGUAGAUAAAAAAUUGGCAGAUCAAAUGGCAGAUAUGUGUGUUGAUGCUGUUUUGAGUAUUCAGCGUGAAGAUGGUAUUGAUUUGCACAUGGUGGAAUUAAUGGAGAUGCAACAUAAGACAUCUACUGAAACAACUCUUGUAAAAGGUAAAUUAAUUUGUAGUAUUAUAUGUAUAAAGGUGUGACUAAAACAUUUGUCUUAGGGCUCGUUCUUGAUCAUGGAUCUAGACAUCCAGACAUGCCUAAGAAAGUUGAUGAUGCUUACAUUUUGACUUGUAAUGUCAGUAUGGAGUAUGAAAAAAGGUAUAAAAAUAAUUGAUCAUUAUUAUUGUAAAACAAUUUUAAGUAUUAAUAUUCUUAUUUAGUGAAGUAAAUUCUGGCUUCUUUUAUAAAACUGCUGAAGAAAGAGAAAAAUUAGCAUUGGCAGAACGUGAUUUUAUUGAACAAAGAGUGAAAAAAGUCAUUGAAUUGAAAAGGAAAGUUUGUCCUCCUGGUUCUGGAAAAUCAUUUGUUGUCAUAAACCAAAAAGUAUUAUAUAUAUAUUAAAUACAUUAUUAAUAUUAUAUCAAUUUGCCUAUAAACGUGUUACUAAUCUAAUUUGCAUGGUAGGGUAUUGAUCCAUUUUCUUUGGAUAUGUUGGCCAAAGAAGGUAUUAUUGGUUUAAGGCGUGCCAAGAGACGUAAUAUGGAGCGUCUGUCAUUAGCAUGUGGUGGAUCUGCUGUUAAUAGUGUUGAUGAUUUAACUGAAGAUGUCCUGGGUUAUGCUGGCUCAGUUUAUGAAUAUGUUUUGGUAGGAUUUUUGUGUUAUUUAAAUUGUUUUUUUAUUAUAAAUAAUAUAAAUUAAUAAUGUACCUUAAAUUUAGGGUGAAAAUAAAUAUACAUUUGUUGAAGAUUGUAAAAAUCCUUUGAGUGUUACCAUAUUAAUGAAAGGACCCAAUAAAUAUACACUUACUCAGAUUAAAGACGCUAUUCAUGAUGGUCUGAGAGCAAUUAAAAACUCUAUUGAUGACGGUAAUAAUAUACUUAACAUAUUACAUUCUAUUGAUUUAUUUAUGUCUUUAUUAUUAUUUUUUUUUUUUUCAAAAUAAUUUAAGAUUUUUAUACAAAAAUUAUUUAUAUCUGGUGUUUUAGCUUUUUAAAAAAAUUAUGUUCAAUUCUUUUGUCAAUUAUUUUUUUAUUAUUAUUAUUAUUAUAAUGUUUUAAUACUAUUAGUCUAUAGUUAAUAAGCAUCAAAUCUAAUAUAGUGUAGGCUUUAUUUUGAACUUUAGAACAUUGUUAUUUUGUCAUUUUUUUUCCUAAGUUGUAAAAAAGUAAAACCCACAUUAUAUGAGCAAGAUAAAAAAAAAGUAAUUAAUAACAAUAUAUUUAUGUAUAAAAAAUAAUAAAUACUUUAAUAUUAUAGUAGUAUUUGAAUUUAUAUAAUAUAUUUAAAUAUUUAUUGCAAUUAUCACGAUUCUUCAUAAAUAAUAACUUGAUUUCAGAUGCUGUAGUACCAGGUGCUGGAGCUUUUGAAAUAUAUGCUUGGCAAGAACUACAAAAAUUUAAGGAUGAAAUUAAGGGAAAAAGUCGCCUAGGAGUUCAAGCUUAUGCUGAGGCUUUAUUGAUCAUACCCAAAACCAUUUGUAAGUUUAAUUUUUAUUUUUAUUUUACAUUUAUUUAAUUUUUUUUUUUCAAUUUGAUAUUUUUAGCCAUCAACAGUGGCUUUGAUGCACAAGAUAUGAUAGUUAAAUUACAAGAAGAGUGUAGAGAGAGUGUUGGUCCAGUAGGAGUAAACGUUGAUAGCGGUGAAGUCCUUCAACCUGUAGAUGCUGGAAUAUUUGAUAAUUACUGUGUUAAAAAACAAAUCUUAAACUCAUGGUAAGAUAAUUUUAUUUUAAACAUUAAUUCUAAAAAAUUAUAUAUUUUACUAAUAUUUAUUUUAAAAAUUUUUUUUAGUACUAUUAUUGCUAGCAACCUCUUGCUUGUUGAUGAAAUAAUGAGAGCUGGCAUGUCAUCACUGAAAGGAUAA